CACCUCCCUCUUCGUGCCCGUGCCGCUGAAGGCCGCCGAGGCGGCGCCCGGCGCGGACGUGGGCGCCGAGCUCACGCGGCCGCUCGACAAGGGUGAAGUUCUGAAAAACUUGAAUAAGUUUUACAAAAGAAAAGAAAUCCAGAGACUGGGAGCAGAAAAUGGAUUGGAUGCUCGCCUUUUUCACCAGGCGUUUAUAAGCUUUAGGAAAUAUAUCAUGGAAUCCAACUCUGUGAGUGCUGAUUUGCAUAUUAUUCUCAAUGAUAUAUGCUGUGAUGCAGGUCACGUGGAUGAUCUCUUUCCAUUUUUCCUGAGGCAUGCCAAGCAGAUUUUUCCAAUGCUGGAUUGUAUGGAUGAUUUGCGCAAAAUCAGUGACUUAAGGCUGCCGCCCAACUGGUAUCCAGAAGCAAGGGCUAUUCAAAGAAAGAUAAUAUUCCAUUCUGGUCCUACAAACAGCGGCAAAACUUAUCAUGCCAUCCAGAGAUUUUUAUCAGCAAAAUCAGGAAUAUAUUGCGGUCCACUGAAACUGCUGGCUCAUGAAAUCUUCCAAAAGAGUAAUGAUGCUAACGUGCCCUGUGACUUGGUGACAGGAGAGGAGCGGGUCUAUGCCAAUGAGGAUGCCAGGCAAGCUCCACAUAUUGCCUGUACCAUUGAGAUGUGCAGCACCAACACCCCUUAUCAAGUUGCUGUGAUUGAUGAAAUUCAGAUGAUCAGAGAUCCUGCUAGAGGAUGGGCCUGGACAAGAGCCCUUCUAGGGCUCUGUGCGGAAGAAAUCCAUGUGUGUGGAGAAGCUGCUGCUAUUGACCUGGUGACAGAGCUCAUGUACACUACUGGGGAGGAGGUUGAGGUCCGAAACUACAAGAGACUCACUCCUCUUACUGUGUUGGAUUAUGCCUUAGAAUCCCUGGAUAACCUCCGGCCAGGGGACUGCAUUGUGUGUUUCAGUAAGAACGACAUUUAUUCGGUGAGCCGACAGAUUGAAGCCAGAGGAUUAGAGUGUGCUGUCAUAUAUGGCAGCCUGCCACCAGGAACAAAACUCGAACAGGCAAAGAAAUUCAACGAUCCUGCUGACCCAUGCAAGAUUUUGGUUGCYACAGAUGCGAUUGGAAUGGGACUCAAUUUGUGUAUAAAAAGAAUAAUUUUUAACUCUAUAAUGAAGCCAAAUAUCAAUGAAAAGGGAGAGAAGGAAAUAGAUUUAAUUACAACCUCUCAGGCUCUACAAAUCUCGGGUAGAGCCGGCCGUUUUGGCUCAUCCUUCAAGCAAGGAGAAGUCACUACGAUGCAUCGAGAUGACCUCCCGCAGCUGAAGGAAAUUUUGAGUGAGACUGUGCAGCCUGUGAAGGCAGCUGGCCUGCAUCCUACUGCUGAACAGAUAGAAAUGUUUGCUUAUCAUCUCCCUGAUGCCACUCUCUCCAAUCUAAUUGAUAUUUUUGUGAGCCUCUCACAAGUCGAUGGACUGUACUUUGUCUGCAAUAUCGAUGACUUUAAAUUCCUGGCAGAUAUGAUUCAGCACAUUCCACUAAAUCUGCGCUCACGAUAUGUUUUCUGCACUGCACCCUUAAACAGAAAGGAGCCUUUUGUGUGCACGACGCUGCUGAAGUUUGCGAGGCAGUUCAGCAGGAACGAGCCGCUGACGUUUGACUGGCUCUGCCGACACACCAAGUGGCCCCUGGCCCCUCCGAAGAACAUCAAGGAACUCAUGCACCUGGAAGCCGUUCACGAUGUUUUUGACCUCUAUCUGUGGCUAAGUUACCGCUUCAUGGAUAUGUUCCCAGAUGCUGCCCUUGUAAGGGAUAUUCAGAAGCAGCUCGAUGACAUUAUACAGAUAGGGGUCUGCAACAUCACRAAGCUGAUCCGAGCUUCGCAGCCCACUGCUGCCUCUGGAGCAACAGCAGCGAUAUUGGAAGAAUUCCCCCUUUCAAGGACUGCGAGGGAUUCGAGGCUGAUGUCGGGGCUGCAGGGCGCAAACCCCCCAGGGCAGCCCCCGAAAGGCACGGAGGCUCUGGGAGAGAGAAGAGGAAAGAGCUUGAAAGGCCACAGGUCUGCGCGGCGGGAGGACGUGAAGAUCCCCAGGCACGGCUCCCUCGCCAACAGGCUGCUGCGCGAGGGCCUGCUGACGCAGGAGAUGCUCAGGCAGCUGGAGAGCGAGUGGCAGGGCCAGCACAGGAACGGCAGAUACGGCCCCGGCUCCAAAAGAGAGGACCGGGAUAGCUCAAGGGAAACGGGGAAGAAGAAAAAAUAGACUCCUAAGUCUGUGUCCUAAGUCUGCUUAGGUUUUAUUCAUAAAAUAAAAGCCCUGUUUUAAUAACGUGGUUGGCGGUUCGUGGUGACGCUGUUGCAGGCCCUCCAUGUUUUGUCUUCUCUCGUGGCCGGAUCCUUGAAGCAAAGGCUUGGAGCAAUGGACUCCCGUAAGCCCAGAGGCCCAAGCUGUGUUUCCCAGCCRGCUGGGCACUGCUGUGCUGGUGUUCAGCCGACGUGAGGAUGCCCUGUGAAACUGUGCACGUACUGCCUUCUUGCAAGAUACCCUUGCAGCGCUAAUAAAGUCAGAUA